AUGGCUCCCAAAAAGAUCCUCAUCAUCCUUAGCGAUGCCAACGCCUUCACUUUUACCAAAACCCAGGGCAAACAAAGAGGCCAGGAGGUCGAGAAACCCACGGGUUACUUCCUCAUGGAGGUAGCAAAACCUCUCAAGCAGCUCCUCGAUUCUGGAUACGAAGUCACUUUUGCAUCUCCACGUGGCCAGAAGCCACACCCAGACCCCAAAAGUGAAUCCCUCCUCGCCUUCGCCGGUGAUUUCUAUGAGCGUCGAGUUGAACGGGAAUUGAUAGAGCGGAUGAAACGCGACAAUGGAUUCGACCACCCCCGUUCGUUCAAGUCGAUCAACAACGCCGAGCUGGAUACCUUUGCAGGCGUGUUUAUUCCUGGAGGACAUGGUCCCUUGGCCGAUCUUGGGGAUGACCCGGAACUGGGUCGUAUCCUGAAGCUUUUUCAUUCCAGGUCCAAGCCGACCGCGGCGUUGUGUCAUGGCCCGUAUGCCUUCCUCAGCACCAAGUAUUCUGGGGAUAAGGAGUUUGCGUACAAGGGCUACAAGCUUACCAGUUGGAGUGACGUGGAGGAACACUUGGUGGAGAAGCUGUUGGCUGGGGAGAUCAAGAAGACUGAGGGCUCACUCAGAGAUGAAGGUGCUGUUAUGAUCGAGGGCUCAAGAGAAAAGGCUGGGUAUAUCACCGUGGACAAGGAGGUUGUUAGUGGAGGCAACCCAAUGGCUGCAACGGCAUUGGGAAGUCAGUUUGUGAAGAUGCUGUCUGGAAAGGCUUGA